GCCGCGCCGAUUGGCCGGCCUCCAGCGGACUCGGGCGGCCUAUGCAAAUGAGGCCGCGCUCGCAAUUAGCGGCCGCGCGGCGAGGAGGGGCCGUCGCCUGCGGGACCCGGGCGCGCGGCCGGCACCGCCUCACAUCGCGGGCUCCGCGGUUUUCGUCGCCCGGUUGCGGCCCGGCGGGCCGGGAGCUGCUCCGGCCGCGGUGGCCUCCCGGCCCCGGGCGCAGGCAGCAAACUUUGGCGGCGUCCGCGCGGCGCCUCUUUGCCGGCGCGCCGGGCUCGCCCCUUUAUAGUGUCUGCGCCGCCGCCCGCGCCCCCCCGCCGCCGCCCGGCGCCCCUCCCGGAGCGGGCGGCCGCGGGCAGGGCUCCGGCCGGCGCCUUUGUCUCUCCGGGCCGCUCGGGAGCCGAGCCUCCUGCGCUCCGGCGCGGAGGGCCGGCCGGUCGGCCGGCCGCCUGCCUCCACUGGUCCUCGGCGUUUCUCCGCACGCCGGCCCCGCUCGGGCUCAGGUGGUGUCCCCGUCUCCGGACCUUCUCUCCGGGCUCGUGUCCGCUCUUCGGGCUCCCCCAGCGGCCGGCCCGGCCCAGAGGCUCGCGGCCGGAGCGGAGCGGAGUGCGCACGCCGGGGUGGCGGGACUUCGGCAAGACCAACUUUCCGAACCUUCCCUCUUCCCAGCCGGUGUUCUCCCGCGCGCCUCUAAUUGUGUAAGUUUCACGAAGCAACAGCUUUGGGCUCCAGGUAAAGCGCAGGAAAAUCACAACAGACGAAGGAAGCGCACAGGUUGGAAUCGUCUCCUAAGAGACUCCGCCACCGCUUUUGCCACCCCCUCCCAACCAGAUUCCUGAAGAUUGGUUUUGUUUUGCUACUUGGUGGCAGGAGUAUUCACUUAGAAGCGGAUGGAAGUUCUCGCGGCGUCCGAACCCUCUCAGAGGAAGCCCGCGCCCGGCUCCCCCGCAGCCUUCGGGCCCCGUGGCAGCGACUCAUCCACUUCGGGCCACUUUGCACGCACCGCCCCCCGCCUUUUUGUUCCUAAAGCCAUUCGCCCGCCUCCCCCAGCCCCCCACCCCCGUCCCCCACUCUCUCCAACCCACUGGCACGAUUUCCUUAGGUCUUUCCCGGACUUCUAAACGCCACUGUCUAAUUCCGUCGACUCGUUUUGCAUUUUCUACGGUGUGCGGUCGUGGGAAGGAUCUUAAGUCCCUCCAGCGAAGGCGAAUGUGAGGCCCCGGCCCUUUAGCUGUAAGAAGCGAGCCGUCAGAUCGCAGACGUGUCCGCCCGCCGCGAGGCGCUUUGUGAGUGGGGAGACACGGCAGUCUGGGCUCGGCUGCGGCGGAUGCCGGGGCUGCCACAGAACGAGCUGCCGCGAAGCCGCACGCCGAGCCGGCGGUCCGACCUGCUGGGGCGCGGGGUGCGGUCCUCGCCCAGGGUGCGCGCGGGGUGGGGCCGGCGGGGCGUAGGUGCUACUCCACCUCGCUCCCCGCUCUCUCUGCGCUCGGAUUUCGUUGAGAAGAUCGAGCAAAGACUUGGACGGAACCAGGGACGCAGCGGAAGGGGAACCUAGACAAACUCCCCGCCAAGGCUAGGUGGUGUGGAUCUGUAAACCUUUUAAAAGCUUGACUGGGGUAUUCAAGAUCAAUAAAAAAAAGAAAAAAAAAACAAAACAAAGUAGAGGCCGAAAACAAAAGGCGAGUUACCUCCUGAGUCUCCUGUUCUCCUUCGCCUCCCUCCACUGAGGUCUGAAACUUUUCUUUAAGUGUUUUUAUGUAGUGCAGGAAGUUUUAAUGAAAGCAUACUUGUCUUAAGUUCGAGUCCCAACAUUAGCUACAGUGCGAGUCGACAACGUGUCAAGAAAGGUGUUUUCACAGAUGAGGUACCAGAAUGUGUCCUCCAGCCUCGCCCAAGCGAAAGGACCCCCGGAGCUGUGCAUCAGAGGUGUGGAUACCGACUUGUGCAGGCAACACACAGGUCUUUGCCAUCACAUGACCACUGUCUACUACAGUAUUGUAAUACCUAAACACUAUUGCAAAAACAAAAGUUGCUUUUCUU